AGAAUCUGAAAGCUUGGGGUGGGAUAGAUACUCGAGAGGGCUUGUUCCGGACUUGGUAUUCCUGACCGGGGAAGCACGAACCAAUUCCUAGGAAAUCGCCGUAGACGCCCAGUUGCCAGUGUCUGGUUCGAAUUUUAGGAAUCCCGGUCUUCUUAUAGAGGGGACCGCGCGUUUCAACGCUUUGGGCAGGGCAGUGGCGGGGAAAAAAUGCGGAAGAGGCGAGAGAGAAGGAAGAAUGUGGGGAGCGAGGCGGAGCUCCGGCACCAGCAGCCAAGUGUCCCGGCCGAGGCAGCUCAAUCCCUCUCCCUCUCCCGUCUGCUGCCACUCCUCGCAUUAGGCGGCCUUCUUCUCCUGCUUAUCUCGUAUCAAUCGUUUCGUGGGCCCAAGACGAUCUCCUCGCCGAGCACCCACCUAUCCGUGUACGAGAGAGGCCUUGUGAAACCCAACGUUGGGUACCAAGAAGUUCUCAACGAGAAUUCGAAGACAUCGGAAAAUGUUUCUGAUCGACACUUCAAACAUCCAGUUCUGGCUUAUGUUACUCCAUGGAAUUCCAAAGGAUAUGAUGUGGCAAAAAAAUUUAAUUCAAAAUUUACACACGUCUCGCCUGUGUGGUAUGAGCUGAAGAGUGAGGGAUCCAAAUUAUCGUUGGUGGGUCAACAUAAUGCUGACACUGGCUGGGUCUUGGAAGUGAAAAGCAAUGGACAUACACUGGUAUUGCCUAGGGUGGUUCUAGAGGCAUUUCCUAACGAGUUGUUAAAAAAGAAGAUGAUGUGGGAGAAGGCUAUCAAUCUCAUACUGGCAGAAUGCGAGGCAAUGGGAUAUGAUGGAGUUGUACUGGAGUCCUGGUCAAGAUGGGCUGCUUAUGGAGUAUUGCAUGACCCAAACAUGCGAAGCCUGGCACUACAGUUCAUUAAUCAGCUGGCAGAUAAAUUGCAUUCAACACAUUCCAUGCAAGACAAAAGUCGUGUGCUACAGCUUGUUUAUGUUAUACCUGCUCCCCGUUCUGAAGUGUUUCAAUCAGAUGAUUUUACAUCAGAAGAUUUGCGGAGAUUAAGUGAAGCAGUGGACUGGUUUUCUCUUAUGACCUAUGACUUCUCAAGCGCUCAAUACCCUGGUCCCAGUGCACCUUUGAACUGGAUCCGCUCCUCCUUGAAACUUCUACUUCAUGGUGCAAGUAGUCAACAGAAGCUCGCCCAUAAGAUACUUAUUGGCAUCAACUUUUAUGGAAAUGAUUUUAUAAUUUCUGAAGAAUUUGGUGGUGGUCCUAUCAUUGGCUCAGAGUACUUGGCCUUGCUUGAGAAGUAUCGGCCUGCACUCCGAUGGAACAGUGAUGUUGCUGAACAUUUUUUCAUGUACCCAGACGACCGGAACUAUCAGCAUGCUGUUUUCUAUCCAUCAUUGAUGUCAAUUUCUACUCGGCUUGAGGAAGCUCAUUCUUGGGGAGCUGGUUUGUCCAUCUGGGAGAUUGGGCAAGGUUUAGAUUAUUUUUUUGAUCUUCUCUGAUAUCGUUCCAUGUCUUGUAUGGUUUCCACUAUUGGUUGAAACUCAGAAAGCAUAAAAGUAUUUACGGUGGAGCAAGGAUGGCCUUCUAAAACAUUUUGUGCUUUUCCUUUCUGUUUCAUUAAGCAGGAUAUAUUUGUUACAUCCUUUUGGAAAGUAUAGCAUUGUAGUCCUGAUGUUAGUAACUUAGUAUCAGGAACUGGGGGUAACCUUGCCUAUUUGUUCUGGGUACUUGAUGAGAUUGAUGGUGGCACUUUCCCUC